GCAAUUGAAAAGCCACUCUAAAACCCCUGUGGAAUCAAAAACAAAGCAGGCUGGACUCUUUAAAACUCUGGUAAAGAUGUCCAAGAAAUUGCGCCUGCAGGGGGAAGAACCUUCGGAACAUCAACAACACCCACGACGACGUCGUCCUGCCUCGGAAAUAAUACGUGAACUAAGGCGUUUAAGAGCCACACCCCUGAGGGUCGAGGAUGAGAAUGAGCCUUGGACCGGAAACCAGGUGAAGGUGCCUCCACCGGAUCUGCCUGUCACCAGUCUGGAGCAACUAGAGCAACUCCGUUUGACUCGACACAAGAUCAGUCUCCUGAUAGUUCGUCCUUUCUUUGAACAGGCUGUCACAGGAUGCUUUGUGAGGAUAAAUGUCAAUAGCGCAGGGGAGCCACCUGAUCAUCGCAUUGCCGAAAUCCUGGACAUUUUGGAGCUAGACUAUGGCUACAAAUUGGAUGACAUUCCCACAAAUGCUGCCCUAAAACUGCGCUAUGAGGAUCUCAUAGUGCCGCAUGAGAUUAAUGAUGUAUCCAAUAUGGCCUUUACCCAGGAAGAGUUUGAAUUGUGGCGCAUAAAUCUCAUUCAACAGGCCAUUCAGCCGCCUACAACCUCGAUGGUGACCAGAAAGAAAAUUGAGCUAUAUAAUGCCCUUCAGGCUGAGGCUAAAGGUUUAGCCCUGAUCCGGCAAAGUUUUCGCUUAAACAUUCGUCCUCCGGACAAGGGAGGAAUCCUUGAAAGACAUGGCGGUGUUUAUCCCUGGCGUUUGAAGAAGCCUUCAUCCUCGUUACCUUUCAGGGGUUUUAUAGGAGAAGCUUAUCCGAUUCUAAGGGCAAUGCCGGAGGUCCCUGAACCAAAAAAGAAAGAUGGAGCAGGAGCUUUAUAUAUUUGAUUUGAUCUGAUACUAAAUUUAUGUUUAAAUCAUUAAUGAAUAGUGCAUGAAAUGCAUAAGGUUUCCUUCAAA